GCUAAGCGAGCGGGUAACGCGCCUGUGCAGGGCUGCAGGGCGGAGCUGAUCAGUACGCGCCUGCGCAGUGUUGCUGGGCAGCCGUGAUGGCGUAUCAGCUGUACCGGAACACGACGCUGGGAAACAGUCUGCAGGAGAGCCUGGACGAGCUGAUCCAGUCCCAGCAGAUCAGCCCUCAACUGGCUCUCCAGGUCCUGUUACAGUUUGACAAAGCAAUCAACAACGCCUUGGCACAGAGAGUGCGCAAUCGAGUCAACUUCAGGGGCUCUUUGAACACGUACAGAUUCUGUGAUAAUGUAUGGACAUUUGUUCUGAAUGAUGUGGAAUUCCGAGAAGUUACUGAACUCGUCAAAGUGGAUAAAGUGAAGAUUGUAGCUUGCGAUGGCAAAAAUACUGGUUCGAAUGCUGCAGAAUGAUUUGUCACCAGUGAAGGCCUUUUGCUGAAGCAGCAUCCAGACCAGAUGUAUUGUGAUUGAUUCAGAUGCUUUGGACAGCAGUUGGCCGAUCUCUAACUGCUUUAUGGAACAAAUGAAGGGGUACAAGUGUAUCCCCAGGAUGUACAAUAUCAGUGAGAAUGUUACUUUUUAUAGACAAUGUAACUUUUUUAUGUUUGAAAGAUGAAUCUGUAAUAAAGUUUUAUGUAACUUUU